GUACGAGUUACCUCUUAUCAGGUUUUUAGCGUUCCCAGCAUAUUUUCUGCUCAUCAUUUCGCGGCUACGGGCGAUCUCGCCGAUGAGACUACUUCUGGUUCGUCACUCAAUGACCACUGAUCGCCCCACUUCGCUAACUUCUACUGAUCUUCCGUUUCGGUCGCCAUUCAUCAGGCUCACGACGAAGCAGACGCAGAAAACUGGAACAUCGCCGCUCGAGAUGGUGUUCGACCCAGAACUACAGAAGAACAAUAUGCCGACCGUGGAGCGCAAGGGCCGUACGAGCGUGGCCCACGUCGCCAGGUGCUUCGAC